UGCUAUUAUACCAUAGGUCUUGUCAGAGUGACCACAACACCACCUUUAGGUACCCAACAAUACUUGUAAAUAUAUUGGAUAAAAUUCAACAAGAUGGUAAAUCUGAACAUAAAAUCAAUGCGAUAUUUGUCCGCAGAGGACUUUCGAACUUUGACAGCUGUUGAAAUGGGAAGUCGCAACCAUGAAGUUGUUCCUACUAGCAUGAUCAAUCAGAUCGCCAAGUUAAGAGGAGGCUCUUGUGCUAAAUCUUUGUCAGUUUUAUAUAUGACAAAACUGAUUGCUAAAAUGCCUCAUAUGAGCUAUGAUGGUUACAGAUUAACCUCUGCAGGCUAUGAUUACUUAGCCUUGAAAGCAUUAUCGAAGCGCGCAAGCGUAUAUUCUGUCGGCAAUCAGAUUGGAGUUGGAAAAGAAUCGGAUGUUUAUGUCGUUAGUGAUCAGAAAGGAAAGCAGUACAUUUUAAAAAUUCAUCGUCUGGGAAGAACUUCAUUCCGUAGCGUCAAAAACAAUAGGGACUAUUUAAGAAAUAGGAAAACAAGCUCAUGGCAAUAUCUCUCCAGAUUGGCCGCGACAAAAGAAUACACUUUUAUGAAAAUUCUUUACGAGCACGGGUUUCCAAUUCCCGAACCAAUUGAUCAUUCUAGGCAUUGCGUUAUUAUGGAAUUCAUUGACGCUUUUCCCCUGCGAUCCAUCGAAGAGGUAAGGGAUCCUGCUGAUCUUUAUAAAAGACUUAUAGAUAUUUUGGUGCGGUUGGCGAGAAACGGUUUGAUUCAUGGUGAUUUCAAUGAAUUCAAUAUUAUCGUCCAUGAAGAUGGUACGCCAGUAAUUAUUGACUUUCCUCAAAUGGUUUCUACUAGUCACCCUGAUGCCAAGUUCUACUUCGAGCGUGAUUUGCAAUGCAUUGUUGAUUAUUUCCAAAAGCACUUCCUAUAUGAAGGUCCCGUUCCUGACUUCGACGAAAUUGUAAAUAUGGAGAAAGAGAAUUCCUUAGAUGUACAUGUUGAGGCCACUGGUUUUAACAAAAAGCAGGCAAAGGAACUAGAAAGGUACAGGAAAGAUAUGGAAGAAAGCAAAAACAGAGGAGAAUUGGAAUCCGAAGAUGACAAAGAACAGGAAGAAGAAAGUUCUGAAGAGGAAGAACAUGAUGAAGAAUAAAGAGUUCGGGAUAUUUUUUGGUUUUUCAGUCCGUAAACUUUAGGAAAAGUGUUUAAAAGACUUCGGUUGUUGGUAAUAAUGGAUAUAAAAACAUAGAAAUGUUAUCGAAUUGUAUUUUAUUCAAUAAUUAAGC